AUGCCAAAGUUGCAGCAAUCAAAAACCACGCCAUCAACGCUUAUGCCUGUUUGUCAUGCCUCAAAUUCUUCCUGCGUUACUGCCACCAAUAACUGUUCGGGUCACGGGCAUUGCUAUCUGAAGUAUGCUUCCAAAGAUGAAGCCAUCGCUAGCGACUGUUAUGCGUGCAAAUGUGAAAAGACCGUGAUACAAAACCCAGAUGGUACUGUUAAAACAGUUCAAUGGGGCGGCGCGGCAUGCCAGAAGAAGGACGUGCUGGAGUUGGAAUCUCUAGAGCUCAGAGAUGAAUCUCAUACUCAGCCGCUUUUUUUAUCCGGUGUUUCUUCUAUUUCGCAGUACUAUCCUUACGAUGCUAAACGCCUCCUUCGCUGA